GGAAGCGUGAGACGCUCCCUAACCCCGCCCGCGGGGAGGAGGGGGGGCGCCCAGGUAAACAUCCAAGAUGGCGGCGGCGGCGGAGGGCUCAGGCCCGGCGGGGCCGGGAGGGCCUCGGGGCGCGGCGGAGGUUGACGCCGACGGGAUGGGCCUGACGGACCUGCCGGGCGAGCUGCUGGAGCUAAUCCUCUGCUGCGACGUGCUGGGAGCCGCCGACAUCGGGCGGGUGUCCUGCACCUGCCGCCGGCUGCGUGAGGCCUGCCAGCCCCGCGGCAAGGUGUGGCGGGAGCGCUUUCGCCUCAGAUGGCCAUCGCUGCUGAAAUACUACAGCCACACAGACAGUGUUAGCUGGCUUGAAGAAUACAAAGCACGGCACAACGCUGGUCUAGAAGCCCAGAGAAUUGUAGCUUCGUUCUCCAAAAGGUUCUUUUCAGAACACGUCCCCUGUGAUGGAUUCAGUGACAUAGAGACUCUCGGGUGCCCAAGUCAUUUUUUUGAGGAUGAGCUGAUGUGUAUCCUGAACAUGGAAGGAAGGAAAGGUCUCACCUGGAAGUACUAUGCAAAGAAAAUUCUAUACUUCCUACGGCAACAGAAUAUAUUAAAAAAUCUGAAGGAGUAUCUUCAGCGCCCAACUGAUCGGCAGUCAUUUUUGGAGGGUGCUGUUUUAAUUGAUCAAUACUGUAACCCCCUGUCAGACAUCUGCUUAAAGAGUGUCCAGGCACAGGUGGACGAUAUCACGGAUAAAGUGCGCAAAGUCCUGCGGACGAAAAACCCACGGCACCCCAGCUUGGCUUCCAAGGCAGGAGAGGUGGUGAUUCCAGAAGUGGAGCUUCAGCGGCAGGUACUUGAUGCUAUGAAUUGUGUCCUGUAUGAGCAGUUAAAAUACAAAGGAAACGAGCUGGAUUACUAUAACUCCCUGAAUUCCUACAUUCACCAGGUUUUGAUCCGCAGGACGGGAAUUCCCAUCAGUUUGUCUGUGCUUUAUUUAACAAUUGCCAGGCAGCUGGGAGUCAAGCUUGAACCAGUCAACUUCCCUAGCCAUUUUCUGCUCAGGUGGUGUCAAGGAAAAGAAGGAAGCACAGAUAUUUUUGACUACACCUACAUUGAUGCCUUUGGGAAGGGGAAGCAGCUGACGGUGAAGGAGUGCGAGUACCUUAUUGGCCACCAUGUGACAGAGGAGUUCUAUGGCGUGGUGACUUCAAAAGAGGUUUUGCAGCGUAUGGUGGGAAACCUCUUAAACCUCGGCAAGCGAGAAAGCACUGAUCAGUCUUACCAGCUCUUGAGAGACUCGUUGGAUCUGUACCUGGCCAUGUAUCCAGACAACGUGCAGCAUCUAAUGCUCCAGGCCAGGUUAUACUUCCACCUGGGAAUCUGGCCAGAAAAGGUUCUGGACAUCUUGCAGCACAUUCAGGCUUUGGACCCCUCGCAGCACGGGGCCGUGGGGUACUUGGUUCAACACACCCUGGAGCACAUCGAGCGGCGGAAGGAGGAGGUGGGGCCGGAGGUGAAGCACCGCUCGGAUGAGAAGCACAAGGAGGUCUGCUUCUCCAUCGGCCUCAUUAUGAAACACAAAAGAUAUGGCUAUAACUGUGUGAUUUAUGGCUGGGAUCCUGCCUGCAUGAUGGGGCAUGAAUGGAUUCGGAAUAUGAACGUCCACAGCCUUCCACAUGGCCCCCACCAGCCUUUCUACAACGUCCUAGUGGAAGAUGGCUCUUGCAGAUAUGCUGCUCAAGAGAACCUGGAAUAUAACUCUGAGCCUCGGGAGAUCCCUCACCCUGACAUCGGCCGCUAUUUUUCGGAGUUUACCGGCAUUCACUACUUAGCAAAUACCGAGCUAGAAAUUCGGUACCCGGAGGAUCUGGAGCUCACCCGUGCCACAGUUCAGAAGAUCUACAGUUCAGGCAAGGAGUGAGAGCAGAAGGCAGCGUGAGGACGGAAGCAGCUGGAGUGUAGCUUUUUACCCUCUUUGCAAAACUUGCAGGGAAGGCAAGUUUGGUGACAAUCCUUUGGCUUAAUGCAUUGGAAACUGCAUUGAACUUUGUAACUGGUGCUAUAGCAUCUUUCCGUUGCCUGUCUGCCCGUUCUGGCCCGAAGGCACAGGGACACCUUGGUAGUUGAGGCCAAGUGUAAGGAUCUGGCAGGGACGGUCGUGCCAGGAAGCGCGUUGUCCUUUGGAAGGAUUUGCGCAUUCUGCUCGUUCCAUGAUUGUCUUUGCUUAGAAGGUCCACACAGUGAGAUCCCCGGUGUGGAAUAUGGAAGGAGCCCCUCUUCCAGAGAAGGAAGUUGCUUGUCCUUGCAGUGUUGUGGGGUUUUUGUUUGGUUAUGGGAUUGUUUUGGUUUGGUGGUGUUUUUUUUUUCUAAUGUAUAUCUCAUGCAGGUGAUAGUUUUUAAAGUCUCUUACCUUUCACUGUUGUCUUCUUCGGUCUGAAUUUUUGGUCAGAUUUUGCUUCACCUCCGUAGUCUGAUUGUUCACAGAGCCACGAUUCCAAUUCCAAAUAUCCUUACGGGCCUGGGAAAGAGCCCCAGCACAAACCCCUUCCAGGGGUGGCAAGCGCAUUGGUUACACUGAAGUCCAGUUGGCCACCUCGCUGAUGAUGCAAACUCUCCUGAUGCAGAAGAUGAGCUUCUAGCCCUUUUUCAUGCCUGCUAAACACACCCAGUCCAUGUUUUUACCUCGUUUUUUGGUCUUUUCUUCACUUAUGUCCAAGGCCGGAGCUGUGGCAGAGCCGUGAGUGCUCCCAGGACGAUUCUGAACCUCGUGGCACCUUUUCGUGGAAGCCUUGAGGUCAGCACCCGAAUGACUUGGAUGUUUGGGGAGCUCCCACUCACUGCUGUCUCCAAUCUAUAGGUAUUUAUGCAAUACAGCGGGAUCAUGACUGGAAACUGGCCGAGCCCAGAGUCAGCCAGGUCAUCUCUGUAUGGAAUAGAGAUGUUAAUUCCUGCA